GCUGUUCAAGACUUGGCGGAUGUCUCAAAGGAAAUUGAGCAAGCUGAAAGUCACCUGGUGAAGGUGCAGGACCUGCAAGGGCUCUUGAAGAAUGCUGGAGUUACGCUUACUGAUGACCAGCAUGUGGCGUUGUCGGCCUACAUCCAGACAAUGACACAGCCCAAGAUCGAUGAGGAAAUGCUGGACCUUGGAGAAGGGGUGAACAAGAAGACUCCUGAGAUGCUGGGUGGGGGCCUAAACGUGAUGUUGCUUAUUCCUGGUGCAGCAUGCGUGGUUAUGGCCCUUCACACCCUGGUGUCAACACAGGAAACAGUUUUGGAAAACGUAGGUGUUGCCCAGGUCUGGCCGCAGCUAAGUGAGGCUGCGCUCACAGGCCCUCGCUACUUCCCUGUGGAUUUUGAGCCCUGGGAGGCAGAGGAGCCUGGGGUGAUCCAGGCAGGAAACUGGGCUAAUGCUGAAGAGAUGGUGUGCAAGGCUUCGGGAUACCUGGUGCCCGGGACAGGGCGAAACUUGGCAGGCUUUGUUUUCUCGGGUAUUCGUUUUCAUGGCUGGGAGUUGGCGAUUGGUUCUUCGAUUGACUUUGGGGUGGUUUGUGCUAAGCUGGCGGGCUGUGUGAGCGUUGCCACUGAGUGGAAUGUGCCGUUCAAGCCACAUGCAGCUCUACGUUUCACAGUCCACAAGACUGGAGCCAGUUUGCCAGUCCCGCAACCCCCGAAGUUUGUUGAAGCCCCUGGUGAGAACCAGGGAGACAGUGGUGAGCAAGACAUUAGCGAAGUUGUGGCCAUGUUUGAGCCCUAG